UUGUGAAAUGGACGGCUAGACCUGCCCGCUGCCGUGAAUUCGCUAGCGGGAGCGCGCUCGCGGCCGCGCGUUCUCCGCUUUCCCGGCUUCCUCGCUGACGCGUCGUAGACGUUGGGGAGGCAGGCAGCUGCAGCGGUAUCGGGAUGAACAGCGGCGGCUUCGGGUUGGGCUUAGGCUUCGGCCUCACCCCUACAGCGGUGAUUCAGGUGACGAAUCUGUCGUCGGCGGUGACCAGCGAGCAGAUGCGGACGCUUUUUUCCUUCCUAGGAGAAAUCGAGGAGCUGCGGCUCUACCCACCGGACAACGCACCUCUUGCUUUUUCUUCCAAAGUAUGUUAUGUUAAGUUUCGUGAUCCAUCAAGUGUUGGCGUGGCCCAGCAUCUAACUAACACGGUUUUUAUUGACAGAGCUCUGAUAGUUGUUCCUUGUGCAGAAGGUAAAAUCCCAGAGGAAGCCAAAGCUCUCUCUCUAUUGGCUCCUGCUCCAACCAUGACAAGUCUGAUGCCUGGUGCAGGCUUGCUUCCCAUACCAACUCCAAAUCCCUUAACUACACUGGGUGUUUCCCUUAGCAGUUUGGGAGCUAUACCAGCAGCAGCACUAGACCCCAAUAUUGCAACACUUGGAGAGAUACCACAGCCACCACUUAUGGGAAAUGUGGAUCCUUCCAAAAUUGAUGAAAUUAGGAGAACAGUCUAUGUUGGCAAUUUGAAUUCCCAGACAACAACAGCUGAUCAGCUACUUGAAUUUUUUAAACAAGUUGGAGAAGUGAAGUUUGUGCGGAUGGCAGGUGAUGAGACUCAGCCAACUCGGUUUGCUUUUGUGGAAUUUGCAGACCAAAAUUCUGUACCAAGGGCCCUUGCUUUUAAUGGAGUUAUGUUUGGAGACAGGCCACUGAAAAUAAAUCACUCCAACAAUGCAAUAGUAAAACCCCCUGAGAUGACACCUCAGGCUGCAGCUAAGGAGUUAGAAGAAGUAAUGAAGCGAGUGCGAGAGGCUCAGUCCUUUAUCUCAGCAGCUAUCGAACCAGAGUCUGGAAAGAACAAUGAAAGAAAAGGCGGUCGAUCUCGUUCCCACACUCGUUCAAAAUCCAGGUCUAGCUCAAAAUCCCGUUCUAGAAGGAAAAGAUCACAGUCAAAACACAGGAGUAGAUCCCAUAAUAGAUCACGUUCAAGACAAAAAGAUAGACGUAGAUCUAAGAGCCCUCAUAAAAAACGCUCUAAAUCAAGGGAGAGGCGGAAGUCAAGGAGUCGUUCGCGUUCACGGGACAAAAGAAAAGACAACCGAGAAAAAAUCAAGGAAAAGGAAAGAGUGAAAGAAAAAGAUAGAGAAAAGGAAAGGGAAAAAGAGAGAGACAGGGAAAAGGAACGUGAAAAAGAAAAGGAACGGGGUAAAAACAAAGAUAAAGACCGGGAUAAAGAACGGGAAAAGGACCGAGAUAAAGACAAGGAGAAGGACAGAGAGAGAGAGCGGGAAAAAGAGCAUGAAAAGGAACGAGACAAAGAGAAGGAGAAGGAACAGGACAAAGAAAAGGAACGAGAAAAGGACAGAUCCAAAGAGAUAGAUGAGAAAAGAAAGAAGGAUAAAAAGUCCAGAACACCACCCAGAAGUUACAAUGCAUCAAGAAGAUCUCGUAGUUCCAGCAGGGAAAGGCGUAGGAGGAGGAGCAGGAGUUCUUCCAGAUCGCCAAGGACAUCAAAAACCAUAAAACGGAAAUCUUCUAGGUCUCCAUCCCCUAGGAGCAGAAAUAAGAAGGAUAAAAAGAGAGAAAAAGAAAGGGACCACAUCAGUGAAAGAAGAGAGAGAGAACGUUCAGCCUCUACAAGAAAGAGUUCUAAUGACAGAGAUGGGAAGGAAAAGGUAGAGAAGAACAAUACUUCACUUAAAGAGAAGGAGCACAAUAAAGAACCAGAUUCAAGUGUGGGAAAAGAAGUAGAUGACAAGGAUGCACAAAGGACUGAGGAAAACAAAGUACAGCAAAAUGGGAAUUGUCAACCAAAUGAAGAAAACCUCUCUACCAAAACAGAAGCAGUAUAGGACCUACAAAUGCACCUCUAAACACACGCUGGAAUGGAAUCCAAAGCUUUUAAUUCUCUCAACAAGAUGUUAAACAGUGAAGAAAUCCAGUAGAGCAUAAAGAUAUGAGCUAACAGCUUUUUUAGUUGUUAGGUGACUUUGUGGCCAUCUUGUUACUGAGUAAGAAAAUAAAGCAUGGACAUCGUGAAAAUAACAGGUGUUACCCAAACUCCUCAUCUUCUAAAAGCUGUGCAUUUCCAUGGUGGCUGACACACUUGUCAUGUGGUUUGUUAAGUGUUUGCGAAGAACCAUUAAAAUAAAUGGGACAUUAAAGAUCUAAAUUUGUACUAUCCAUUAAAGACUGGAGAUAAGCAUUGGAGGCUCUUUUAAAAAAUGCUAGUAACUGAUUUUGUAUUGUUUUACUUUUUUUUUAAAUUUCAGUAUAUUACAGAUUGAUGAUUUGCUUGAAAUUGGUGCAAAUAUAUACACACCCUUGUAAGUGCGGAGUAUGUAAGAAGUUUUAACAUUGACUUCACAGGAUUUACAGUGAUUGUGUUAAAUUCUCA